UUAUUAUUCCUGGUGCGCUGUGGGAAAGGAGGGACCGCAGGAACGCCAGCGCAGAUUUCCUGACUGAACACCAGCAGUAGCGGUACGGAGCCCUGCCGAGCCCUGUAGCGAGUCUCUGGAAACCAGCGAGAGGAAUGGUGUCUUUCGGUUAAAAGCAACCGGGUGUUUCUGACCUUCGGCUGGUUAAAUAACUUAGACACACACCAUGAAUUUACUGCCGUCCAACCCGCACGGAAACGGGCUACUUUACGCUGGAUUUAACCAGGAUCACGGAUGCUUUGCGUGUGGAAUGGAAAACGGAUUCAGAGUGUACAACACAGAUCCUCUUAAAGAAAAAGAAAAGCAAGAGUUUCUGGAAGGUGGGGUUGGGCAUGUGGAGAUGCUCUUUCGAUGCAACUACCUUGCACUUGUUGGCGGAGGCAAGAAGCCCAAAUACCCACCUAAUAAAGUCAUGAUUUGGGAUGACCUCAAGAAAAAGACUGUGAUUGAGAUUGAAUUUUCUACAGAAGUCAAAGCUGUAAAGCUACGACGAGACAGAAUUGUGGUGGUCCUGGACUCCAUGAUCAAAGUAUUUACUUUCACGCAUAAUCCUCACCAGCUGCAUGUAUUUGAAACAUGCUACAACCCCAAAGGUCUUUGUGUGCUGUGUCCGAAUAGCAACAACUCCCUUCUUGCAUUUCCUGGCACGCACUCUGGGCACGUGCAGAUAGUAGACCUGGCCAACACAGAGAGACCUCCGGUUGACAUUCCAGCCCAUGAGGGAGCUCUUUGCUGCAUUGCUCUAAAUCUCCAGGGGACAAGAAUAGCCACAGCUUCAGAAAAAGGAACUCUGAUCAGAAUAUUCGACACCUCAGCAGGUCAUCUGAUACAGGAGUUAAGACGAGGGUCACAAACUGCAAACAUAUAUUGCAUCAAUUUCAACCAGGAUGCAUCUCUCAUCUGUGUGUCAAGUGACCAUGGUACUGUCCACAUAUUUGCUGCAGAAGAUCCAAAAAGGAACAAGCAGUCAAGCUUGGCAUCAGCCAGUUUUCUCCCCAAAUAUUUCAGCUCCAAAUGGAGCUUCUCUAAGUUCCAGGUCCCGUCUGGCUCGCCCUGCGUCUGUGCCUUUGGAACUGAGCCCAAUGCAGUCAUAGCCAUUUGUGCUGAUGGCAGCUACUACAAGUUCCUGUUCAACCAAAAAGGGGAGUGUUCAAGGGAUGUAUACGCCCAGUUUUUGGAAAUGACUGAUGAGAAGAUAUAAGCACAGAUUCUACUUGGAUUUACGUCCUUUACACUGCUGACAUCUUCACGUUUGCAGAAUGUCAGUGGUCCCACUCUACGUGGCAUUUGUGACUCCAUGUCACUUAAGGGAGAUGAACCAUAUCAGAGACUCCCUGGUGAGAAAUGAAAAGGAAAGACUGAGAUCUGUUUCUGUUCUUUGUUUUUUUUGUACUCUAAAUAACACAAAAAGACUCUGGCCAAGCAGAGAGUUGGACAGACAAACUGACUGCAGGCGACUCAUCUAGUGAAGUGAGAAGAGGGAAACUUUAUUUUUUGAAUGGACAACAGUUGCUUUUUAAAAGGUCUUCCAUAGGUCUUUUGUUCGUUUUUUUUUUUUUUUUUUCCUUUUUUUUAUGUAGAGUUGGCUAGUUGGAUCUUUGUCUACUAACACCACCUAACCUAACGUAGGGAGUGCCUCUGUCAUUAAUGAAGAGGAGUGAUGAGUGUCCAUGUAUUCAUCAUUCACAACUAAUAUGUAUGUACAAAAAAUGAGUAGCGUUAGAUUUUACUACUAUAAACACAAAAUGCCAGACAGAACGUAUGUAACUACAUAGACUCAACAUGUAUAGACUAGUGCAAGGGAAAAAAGACAACUAAGAUGUAGAUGUGUUUUUCCAUUUUAAGUUACUUACAUGUAUGUGCAAUAUUUUUUUUUCAUUCAGUUGUUGGGAGUUAAUCUGUUUAAUUGAAGCAAAUUAGUAUUUGAUAAAUGCAUUGUAAUAUGUGCAUAGCUAUUGUGUGCUCAGUACAGUCACGAUAUUCUUAUGUUAUUGGGGGAGUGGAGCACUUCAUUAAAACAGAAUUUGAUGUAAAAUGCUGUUAGGAGGGUCCCCAGUUGUAACAUGACUACACAGAGUUCCAUGUUAAUUUGGUUAUACAGACUCAUGCAUGCAACAUUCCCUUUAUUUAAGAUUUAAUGUCAGGACUUUUGAAAGGCCAAUACCACUUGCACAGUGGAUCUAUUUUUACAGAAAUGUAAGGAAUAUUACCUUAUUUCCAUAAAAGAAUGAAUAUGUUGUGUGAUAUUAGUGGUAGCAAAUUCAUUACAUGAAGGCAAUCUUACAAAUGUUUGUAAAAGAAAGUUCUUCAGCAGAAACAAUACCAAAGUGCCCAAUUAUAACCCAAUUCUAUUUAUGCUUGAACUGUAUUCAUCGUUCUUAAUCGUUUCUCUGUAUUAUGUCAUUUAUUUUCUUUUUUUUUUCAAGCUGUUAUGUUGAUUAUGUUGAAGUUGUUUCAUGCUUUUGUCGUGAUUGUAAAACGUAGACGUGAUUACAUAUAAUGCAAUGUUUCCGUAUAAUGAUGUAAUACUGAUGUACGCUAGGACUGUGAGCUCUGCAGGGAUACAGCACACAAUUUACCAUGUGACAAAUUAAACCCAAUUGUGAAAUCACAA